AUGUCGAGCCCGAUGCUCCGAGCCAUCGAGACGGCUGCGCCCAUCGCCAUGGCGCUCGGCAUCCCGUGCAGGGUGUCGCCUCUUGCGUGCGAGGUCGGGGGGAUGUACGAGUGGAAGGAUGGCAAGUACCUCCCUGCCGCUGGGCUGUCGGCUGCAGCAAUCAGGGAGCGCUUUCCUUUCUGCCGCACGGAACUGCUGAAGCAGGAGGGCUCAUGGAACGAGCUGGUCGGGAAGGAGACGGCGGAGCAGAACCGGGAGAGGGCGGAGAAGUUCGCGUCGUGGAUCAAGAGGAGGGUGGUGGAGACACCAGCAGAGGAGAGGGGCUCUCCUCUCAUCGUCGUGACGCACUCUGACUUCCUUGACCUCCUCCUCAAGGCUCUUUUCAGCGUCUCCGACACCUCCAAGAAGUUCGUCUUCAAAGUCGACAACUGUAGCUUGACCGAAGUCUUCCUCCCCAUCGUGUUCUGCGAGGAGGGAAAGGAAGUGCCUGUCCUCAACUACUUGAACCGCAACCAUCAUACGAUGUGA